AUGGGCGAGGAGAAGUACCUGCCCGAGCUGAUGGCCGAGAGGGACAGCCUGGACCCGUCCUUCGUGCACGCGUCGCGCCUGCUGGCCGAAGAAAUUGAAAAGUUUCAAGGUUCUGAUAUUAAAAAGGAAGAUGAAGAAAAGAAAUACCUUGAUGUCAUCAGCAACAAAAAUAUAAAACUCUCAGAAAGGGUACUGAUUCCUGUCAAGCAAUAUCCAAAGUUCAACUUUGUGGGAAAAUUGCUUGGACCAAGAGGAAACUCCUUGAAGAGGCUACAAGAAGAAACUGGCGCUAAAAUGUCCAUCCUGGGCAAAGGAUCAAUGAGAGAUAAAGCAAAGGAAGAAGAACUAAGGAAGAGUGGGGAAGCGAAAUAUGCCCACUUGAGUGAUGAGCUUCAUGUAUUAAUUGAAGUGUUUGCCCCACCUGGGGAAGCUUACUCACGCAUGAGUCAUGCACUGGAAGAAAUCAAAAAAUUCCUGGUUCCCGACUACAAUGAUGAAAUCCGCCAGGAACAACUACGUGAAUUAUCGUAUUUAAAUGGCUCAGAAGAUUCUGGUCGUGGCAGAGGUAUUAGAGGCAGAGGGAUGAGAGUAGCACCCACAACUCCUUCAAGGGGUCGUGGGGGUGCCAUUCCUCCUCCCCCACCUCCUGGACGAGGUGUCCUCACUCCCCGAGGGACCACUGUGACCCGCGGAGCUCUUCCUGUGCCCCCGGUAGCAAGAGGUGUCCCUACUCCACGGUCCCGAGGAGCACCAACAGUGCCAGGAUACAGGGCUCCACCCCCUCCAGCCCAUGAAGCAUAUGAAGAAUAUGGGUAUGAUGAUGGCUACGGGGGUGAAUAUGAUGACCAGACCUAUGAGGCUUAUGAGAACAGCUAUGCCACCCAAACUCAAAGUGUGCCUGAGUACUAUGACUAUGGUCAUGGAGUAAAUGACGAUGCCUAUGACAACUACGCACCAGAAGAAUGGGCCACGACCCGCACCAGCUUGAAGGCAGCACCUCCAAGGUCCGCCAGAGGGGGCUACAGGGAGCACCCCUAUGGUAGAUAUUGAAGGUCCUCCUCACCUGUGACCUCACUGCAAAGACAAUUCAUAGCCUGUGGUCUCCAAAUAAACAGCAACAAGACAAGUAAUAGUCCUUUUUUUCUAUUAUAGGGAUAAUUAUUUAUGAUUAUGCCCAUAUAUCUCUUGUAUUUCCCCCUAUACUGUUGGCGUGACAUUGACAUUACUAUUAUUUUUCAAUAUGAUCAAUAUGAACUAAAAAAGGCAUUGGCAAGCAUUGUCUAUAAACUAUUCAGUAGGAUGAUAUUCUCUUGGUUGUUUUUCAUUGUUGUGUGUAAUCUUUUUUUCCCUUUUUUUUUU